CUGGAGAAGAAGUGUCACUGUGACGGAGGCUGAACCAACAUGGCGGCCAUAGUGCGGUUUGUCAACAGAAGCAGCUACAGUUCAGCGAUGGGCCAACAGUUCCUGACGUUUAGCUCCGCAGCAAAGGUCCAAGCAGCUGGAGUCAGAGCUAAUUCAGUUCUUCCAGAGAAGGUGAAAAUAGUGGAGGUUGGUCCCAGAGAUGGUCUUCAGAAUGAGAAGACUCUCGUGCCCACCGAGACAAAAAUCAAUCUGAUUGACUUGUUGUCAGAGUCGGGACUGCCAGUCAUCGAGGCCACCAGCUUUGUGUCUCCAAAAUGGGUCCCACAGAUGGCCGACCAGGUGGAGGUGAUGAAGGGGAUUUGUAGAAAACCUGGAGUCUCUUAUCCAGUCCUCACCCCCAACCUCAAGGGAUUCCAGACUGCUCUGAAGGCGGGAGCUUCAGAGGUAGCCAUAUUUGGAGCUGCAUCUGAGCUUUUCAGUAAGAAGAACAUCAACUGCUCUGUGGAAGAGAGUUUGCAGCGCUUCGACGAGGUUAUGAAAGCAGCUAAAGAGGCCGGUGUGCCAGUCAGAGGAUACGUGUCGUGUGUUCUUGGAUGUCCGUAUGAAGGCACGGUUUCACCUGAAAAAGUGGCACAUGUAGCAAAGCGUUUGUACUCUAUGGGCUGCUACGAGAUCUCACUGGGUGACACCAUCGGAGUGGGGACUCCAGGUAGCAUGACUCAGAUGUUGGCAGCAGUGACCAAAGAGGUGCCAGUCAGUGCUCUGGCGGUGCACUGCCACGAUACCUAUGGCCAGGCCCUGGCUAAUAUUUUUGUAGCCUUACAGAUGGGAAUCAGUGUGGUAGAUUCAUCAGUGGCUGGACUGGGUGGCUGUCCCUAUGCCCAGGGUGCUUCUGGGAAUGUUGCAACUGAAGAUGUCGUCUACAUGUUGCAUGGACUUGGCAUUCAAACGGGAGUGGACCUCACCAAGCUAAUGACCGCCGGAGCGUUCAUCUGCCGGAGCCUGAACAGGAAGAGCAACUCCAAAGUGGCACAGGCCAUCUGUAAACUGUAACACAUUAACUUUGAUUUGUCAUCAUAUACCUGUAUGAGAAUAUUAUUCUUUUUAAUAUGUGGAUGGUACUGACCCCAUUUUCUUUUUAAUAAAUAAAGUUUUGGAUUAGAUGAUCACAUCAUGAAAGUGUACUGCUGGAACACAGUGCCUUAUGUCAAGUCACAGAAUCUCAAAGACUGAAAAUACACCUGUAAUAGAUGAAUUACCUGUUCAUGUCUGAAAAGACAGAAGUGUUGUUUUGGAUUUUUGAUCAUUCUCUGUUCCAAUGGUCUGGGGCAUUGUGCUGGUUGAUGAAAUGUGAAUGAAUUGUGUUUCAAAGUAUUUAUUUUUAAUAUACCUGUACAUAUGCGACUACGUUGUGAAAUUUAAAAAUAAACAUUUCAUAAAAGAAA